AUGGGCAGCUUGAAGAGCUGGCUGGGCGCCUUUGGCUGCUUCGGUGCGUGGCUUGUGGCGCACAGGUUCAGCUCUGGUUGGGCCGCUCCCAGCUUCCUUGCGCUGCUGCUGGCGAGUGGCUACCUUUGGCUCGUGGUUUUGAAGGUGCCGAAGCUCUGUGAGGAGUUGAAGGAGGUGAUGCCGGAGGUGCGGGCCGAGCCGGCGCCCGUUCCGGCGCCAGCAGCGCCAGCAGCGCCAGCAGCGCCAGCAGCGCCAGCAGCGCCAGCAGCACCAGCGCCCAAAGCGGCGCCAGAGCCGAGCCAAGUUCCGGCGCCUGAAACGGCUGCAGACUGGAAAGCGGCAGCGCCUCGGAAGGUGCCUAUGGGCGAGGCUGAAGCCGUUGCCGCAUAUGGGAACUUGGCCGAGGAGGAGACACAAGAAGACCUUGUGCCUGAAGGUAGUCCAGAUGCCGAGGCGCCGCCCGAAGCGCCGGACAUGGAGGACGACAUCGUGGAUGCCGCCCGCGCGCAGGAGCUGCGGCAGGAGGGCAACGAGUACUUUAAGGCCGGGCGCUUCCACGACGCCCGGGAGGCCUACAGCGAGGCUCUGCACCUCAGCCCCGAGGCCGCAGAGCCUGGGGAGCCCAGCAAGGACCGGGCGGUGCUGCACUGCAACCGUGCAGCCUGCAUGCAGCGGCUUCAGCGCUGGGAGGACGUGGUGAAGGACUGCUCGGAGGCGAUCCAGCUGGAUCCAGAGUACAGCAAGGCCUUCGCGAGGCGCAGCACGGCCUACGAGGAGCUCGAGAAGUGGCACGACGCGCUGGAGGACCUCAAGAAGCUCCUCGAGUUAGACCCCUCCCUGCGCGCCAAGGAGACCCGGCGACUGGCGGUACUGGAGAAGCGGGCGCAGGAGCAAUUCGAGAAAGACAAGGACGAGAUGAUGGGGAAGCUCAAGGAGCUAGGCAACACAGUCCUCGGGAAGUUCGGCAUGUCCACCGACAACUUCAAGCUGGAGCAGGAUCCGGACACUGGCAGCUACUCCAUCAAAUUCCAGAGCUGA